AUGAGCAAAAACGGAAGUACAAAUGUUGGAAACAAUAACAAUAAUAAUAACAAUACAAAAAAAAUUAAAUUUUCUUUAAAUAAAUCGGUUCAAGUAACAAAAGUAUUUGCUAAAGAAAAUCACCGAUUAACAAAAAAUGAAACGAUAUUUACAAUGGUCGAUACUGAUCAUCCGGAUGGCAAAAAGGAACCAUUUUUAUCAACUGUAUUGGGAACAGUAACAAAAUUAUAUAUUCAUGAAUGGGAUACUUUAUCAUAUGGUUCGAUUAUUUUGGAAUAUGAAGAAUGUCUUCAUACGAUAACAUUCAAAAAUUUAUGUUGUGAUUGUGGAGCUGAUUUAAAUCAGUAA